AUGGCCCUUGCCAACUUCAACGGCACAAUUUCACUAAAUUUGCUCCCAACAUACGAAAAGUCGCUUUACUACACCCAAGAUGAAUCGCAUGUCUACUCAUGGAGAACACCAUCCUUUUUCCCUUCGAUUAAAAAGCCUUAUGACGAGAAAUCUGUGGACCUGUGUGAUGGAUUCCCACAACACCUCCUGAAUCGCAUCCAGGUCGUUCUGAAGACCGGCACUGGUGAAACAGAAAAGACCAAAGCACACCUCGAAACCGUCAGCUCCUGCAUCACAAAUCUUCUAGUAUUCUCUGAUCUUGAAGAGACGGUCGCAGGCCAUCACUUCAUCGACAUCCUUGCGGACCUUCCUCCGUCCUACCAGUCCCAACCCGAUUUCGCAGCCUACUCGGCACAGAAGCAGGCGCAUUCAGAAGGAAGACCAGUCGGAUACUCCUCUGAGGGCUGGAAACUCGACCGAUUUAAAUUUCUCCCUAUGGUCGAUAAGAUGUACCAGAUGCGCCCGCGCGCGGAUUGGUACGCCUUCAUCGAGGCUGAUGUGUACUAUUUCUGGGAUACUUUGUUCCGCCUCCUCGAUCAGCUGGACCCGUCCAAGAUGCACUACAUGGGAUCAUCCGCGGCUGGCCGGGACGGGACUUUCUUCGCAUACGGUGGUGCCGGUUUCGUGCUGUCACGCGGGCUAAUGAAGCGCUUGGUGGGAGAUUCGACUCAACUCAGCGCUCGUUACGAGGAUUAUGCCGUCAACGACUGCUGUGGUGACGCCGCCCUUGGUUACGCCAUCAUGAACAAGACAGGCGAACCGCUGCAGGCGCUGUACCCUACAUUUGCCGGUGAUGAGCUCAAUGGAUUGAAAGUGAACCAGGAAAGGUGGUGCAUUCCUUUGCUUGCACUUCACAGGGUGACACCGGGGCAAAUGAAGUCACUGUGGGGGUGGGAGCGGACAAGGCCUUAUGACGAGAAUGCCUUCACCCAUUCCACGCUGUCAGACUACCUCUUGUCUAGACUGGACGCAUCAACUACAAGAGGCGAAUGGGACAACUAUGCUGAUCGUCUCCAGCCAGAAGACUCACCCGCGCACUCAUUUGGAGGUUUCUUCCAGAUGGGGAGACCUGUGCCGGGUUCCGAUUAUACCUCUGGUUGGGAUAUGGACAAGAUACUUAGCUUGGGGUAUCAGGAAGACCCGGACAAGACCAGUUCUUGCAAAGAGGCUACUUGGCUCAAACCCGAUAUUCGGUGA